AUGGCUGCCACAAGCUUGAUCGAUGGUGUCUCGAAUCUUUUGCGACAAGAUAAUCUUCCCUAUACUCUCAUAGGUGGACUUGCAGUUAUAGUUCUAGUCUCCUGGGUGACAUAUUUGAAUGACCCCCUCAGGUCUAUUCCUGGCCCAUUCUGGGCACGAUGGGGUCCCGCAUGGUUGGUAUACUGGGCUCGACAUGGAACUAUGCAUCGAAAAAUGAUCAAGAUGCAUGAAAAGUACGGAGGGUUGGUCCGAACAGCUCCCAAUGAAGUGAGCUUCUCGAAUCCAGAGUAUCUCAAAGUUGUGUAUGGUGCCGGCAGCGACUUCUACAAAAGUGACUGGUAUAGCGUGUGGCAGGGGCGUCGCAAAUGGGAUCUUUUCGGCGAGCGCAGUGAAGCCAUUCAUCGAGCACAACGGAGAUUGGUCAGUCAAAUAUACUCACUGUCCAAUAUGAAGAAGUUGGAACCCUAUGUGGAUAACGCAACAACGUUGUUUCUUCAAAAGCUGAAAGACAUGUCCGGGAAAGAGAUGAACAUGACCAAAUGGGCUCAACUCUACGCCUUUGAUGUUAUCGGAGAAGUAACGUUUUCCAAAACGUUCGGCUUUCUAGAAGCCGGCGAAGAUAUUCACGGCGCUUUUACUCUGAUCGAUAACUCAUUACGCUCGGCAGCUUGGGUAGGCUACGUACCUUGGGUAUACUGGGCCAACGUGCGGUUUGCCCCUAUUAUUGGAAAUCGCCUUGGAGUUCUCGGACGUCAAAACGGGUUGUUGACCUUCGCCGCAAAAGCCAUCAAAGAGCGCAAGGAAAGAGGUAGCGACCACCAAGAUGUUCUGGAUCAAUUGUUCGAAGUUCAAAAAGAAAAGCCGGAAUUUGAUGAUAUUUGUAUCACGUCAAUGGUUGCAAGCAACGUCUUUGCCGGAAGCGAUUCCACGUCCAUAUCCGUAUCGGCCUUUAUCUACCAUAUCAUCAAAAACCCGCAAUAUAAAGCGAGACUAGUGUCGGAGAUUGACGAGGCGGCAAAAGCCAAUAAUAUUAAGCAUGGUGAAAUCUUUCCGAUUGAUGUUGGCAAUAACAUGCCGUAUCUACAGGCAUGCCUGCAAGAGGCUAUUCGUUGCCAUCCUGCUGUUGGAAUGAAUCUAGGCCGAGUUGCGCCGCCACAAGGUAUCGAGAUAGAUGGAACAUAUAUCCCUGGUGGUACUGUCGUUGGAGCGAAUGCGUGGGUCGUCCACCAACACAAGGAGACUUUCGGUGACGAUGCCGAUAAAUUCAGGCCGGACAGGUGGUUGGAGGAACCGGAACGUGUAAGCCAGAUGAAGCGUGCAUUUUUCAGCUUUGGAGCAGGAUCACGAUUUUGUAUUGGCAAGAAUAUUGCAUGGCUAGAGCUAUCAAAGAUGGCGCCAUCCCUAUUUCAUGACUUUGAAAUCGAGCUUGUCAAUCCGGACGCGAGCUUGCAAGAGAUCGCCAUGUAA